AUGGUUUUGACUGAAGAUUCUAGUUCCAGUGCUUCCGCUGAUUCUCCUACUCCAAUAAUGGCAAAAAUUGAUCAUCUUCAUCCCUAUUAUCUUCAUGCAUCUGAUUCGCCAGGUAUGGCCUUGGUGUUUUCUGUUUUCGAUGGGACUGGUUAUGGAUCAUGGAGGAAAUCUAUUCUAGUCUCCUUAUCUGCUAAAAACAAACUUGGAUUCAUAGAUGGGACGUUAGUUAAACCAAAGGAAAAUUUUGAAUUUUUUAAUCUGUGGACAAGGUGUAAUGAUAUGGUUUUUUCUUGGCUAUUAAAUUCUCUUACCAAGGAAAUUAGAUCUAGUGUAAUUCACUCUAAGUCUGCACAUGAUCUGUGGAAACAGCUUGAGAAGAGAUAUAGACAGUCGAAUCUAGCACAAUUAUUUGAUCUACAAAAACAAAUAAUGGAAACUGUGCAAGGUUCAAACAAUAUUGCAACAUAUUUCAAUAAUAUGAAAGUCAUAUGGGAUGAGAUUGAUCUACUUGAUUCUAGAGUUGUAUGCAGUUGUGUUGAUUGUAAGUGUGGGGCUGUAGAGAAAAACAAUGCACUUGAAGAAAGGCAAAAAUUAGUGCAAUUCUUAAUGGGUCUUAAUGAGACAUAUACUGUAUGUAGAGGCAAUAUAAUGAUGAUGAAUCCCUCACCUAAUAUUGAUCGAGCUUAUUUUCUGUUACUACAAGAGGAAAGACAAAGAAGUAUACAACCUAUGAUUUUACCUAUAGACUCUACCUCUUUCUCUGUUGCUAGACAGUCAUCCAAUUUAGGGCAAGGCAAUCAGAGAUUCAAUAUGCAACAAGGAUCAUUUUACAGUACUUCAAAGCCCAAUUCCUAUCAGGACAAUCGGAGAAAUAAUUUAAGCUGCAAAUACUGCAAGAAGACAGGACAUACUAUAGAAAAAUACUUCAAGCUUCAUGGAUAUCCCACAAAUUUUCAACAGGGAGGAUUUAAGAAUAACAAACCAAGGGAGAAUGUACAACCAAUUUUUUAUAAUUCAGCACAUAGCAAUGCCAUCAGCACUCAGUCAGACUCUAACAAGCCUACAAAUACUGAUGUGUCUAUUGGAUUAAAUCAAGAGAAAAUUUCUCAAUUGAUGGAGAUACUACACCAAGUCAAAAUUGGCCAACAAACUACUUCUAAUUCUGAAGCAAAUGUGACAGUUAACUGUGCUGGUAUUGCUCCCUUUACUAUCCUAACUACUCCUAAAAAUUCUAUUUGUCAUUUUUGGAUACUUGAUUCUGGUGCCUCAAAACACAUAACUUUUGAUGAAUCUAUUCUUUUCAACAUCAAACCAUUAUCACAACCUGUUUUUGUCAACCUACCUAAUUCUUUUUUGAUUAAAGUCACACAUGCUGGACAAUCUUGUAUCCAUCCUGAUCUCACUCUUAACAGAGUGCUUGUAGUUCCUAGUUUCAAAUUUAACCUUUUAUCAGUUCACAAACUAUGCUCACAAUUUAACAGUCUGCUUACCUUCUCUGCUACAUCUUUUUUCUUACAGAGCCCUUCCUUGAGGAGGCCUCUGAAUCCUGGUAGAGUGAAGGAUGGACUCUAUCUGCUGCAGACCUUUCAUCCCAUGUCUGGAACUCACCUGCGGACAAACCAAACAAUUUUAUCUCCUGUUAAUAAUUGUCAUCAGUCUGUUUGCACCCUGUUUUCUAAUUCUGAAUUUUCUUGUGGAACUUUAUGGCAUGUAAGACUUAGGCAUAUGCCCAUUUGA